AACCGUGUUUGUCGUGAUACGUAAAACAAAGUAACUCUCGAGAAAAAAAAUGGUUUUAUUACACGUGAAACGGGGUGAUGAAAAUCAGUUUUUAUACGAGACUAAUCUUUCCAUAGCUGUAAAAGAUCUCACCGCUCAACUAGUAACCAUCUACAAUGGACGAUUGAAAGUUAGUCGCGUUUGUGCAGAAAUGGAGGAAUUAUCCAAACAUGGUAUCAUGCUGCCACCGGAAAUGUUAGGACUUACUGACGAACAGGUAGAGGAGCUUCAUUUGGUUGACGAAUGGGGAGAAAAAUGUGUCCCGUCUGGAGGUUGGGUGUCAAACCCAGACCCGGUGGGGCGCCGAAAUGGUCGCCAGCCGCAAGAAAAGAUGCAGGAGGUCCUGGAGAAAGCAAUAGCAGACGCUAAGCAGCUUGUAUCGAAAAAGCGGAUGGAUCAUGGACAAAUCAUGCAACAGAGAAUAGUUCAAGAUGCUCUGGACUUGUUACGAGGGGCAACAAUGAUUGUUUAUCCAAUGCAACUGCCGCCGCACGAUCCGAUAAGAAUGGAGUUUACAAACACUGAAGAUCUCUCAGGGACACAGGCUUCUCUUGAUGUGAUUGAGCCAUCCAAAGCUCAGUUAUGGUUCGCUGGGAAACAAAUGCUUCCCGAGUGCAAACUUGGCGAUAUAAUUGGAAACAACGAGAAAACAAAAAUUAUCAUAAAACUCACCAAAAUUAACGAAGGAGCGCCCGGCAGAGAGCCCGUUGUUUCGGAAGAGGCUCGAAAACAAAUGAUGUUGCAUGCUUACCGUCGACAGGAGGAACUCAAGAAACUUGAGCAAGACGAUGACGACCAGUAUCUCAACUCCUCCUGGUCCGAUAGCCGCAGUUUAAAAUGUCAAGUGCACGGUUUGGCUGAUGUUAAGUUUAAAUUUACUAAGUAAGGAACAGAUUUUCUUGUGAUAACACAAAUACAGCAUAUAUAAAUUAAACACAAACGGAAUAUGUUUGUCAGUCCAGCAUGCGCGAUAAUUUUUAAAUGGGAGGCUACACUUUAAAUAUCUAUGAAAUAUGAUUUUUAAUUAUCCGAAUGUAAGCUUUGAACUAUUGUAUUCUAAUAUGCACAAAGUGACAACAGACUAGGAGCGUCUAGCCGCAAUACAAAUGAAAUGACUCGUCUAAAUCGAAAGUUACAAAAAGAAACAAACUUACAUCAGGUUUGAAUAAUGAAUAGCGUUACAUGAUUAUACUAUUCACUCAAUCCACGUGGCAAUUUAACAUAUAAUAAACGACCAUCUGCUUUGUGCGUUUUAAAUCUCACCAAUUGAACAAGAACGAUAAGUGCGAAACUUCGAUCAACAAAAAAAGUAGCUCGAGUAAGACAUGACACUUGCGUUUCUGGAUUGGAAAUCUGUAAGUGCCAAUCAUUGUGUCAUUGAAUUGUCUUUUGUAAAUGCUCUCGCGAAUUCAUUCCCUAGCUUUGAUUACAUCUCCAACGCGUUAGUAAAUUAUGUCGGCUUUACACAGAGAAACACAUGAAUUUGGUAUCGGACACUCUACAGGAUAUACUCGUAUAUUAUAGGUUGAGAAUGGCAGUCAUUUGAGGCAAAGUGUACUGAAGACGAUUUGAUAAUGGAUAUACAUUUCAAGUCAACAAAAUAACUUGAAGAUAAAAUGUUUCAAAACAGUACAUAUACAUUAUUUUGAUAUGAAGUACCUUUUAAGUGAGUUUCUAAUUUUCGAUGUAGAAAAAGGAUUGAGUUUGAGUUAUUUCAAUUUUUGUAAUUUUUGGGUUUCAUCCUUCAUUUAAGACAGAAUAUAAAAAAAAACUUCACAAAGAGGAUAAAUUGUUUGUAAUAAUGAAACACACACCAAACUUUUGUACUGCUUCCCGCAUUAUUUCAGUCGUUGCCUAUUCGAGCUCAAUCGCGUUAGGUUUAUGAAGAAUAAGAAUGCUUUUUCUCUCACUUUGUAAUUCGAUGUGAUUUUCUUCGUGUUAAGCGUAACAGGAAACAGGAAAUCGUGGUUCAUUCGAGGUAAAGUUUGAGAUAAGGUUGCGGAACAUUUCAGGAUGGAAGCUUUAAAAUUCGUUUAGUAUAUAGAGGAACUGCAACAUAUUUGUGUUGUAAUAGAAGAUAUAUAAGCAGAAUACGACGAACAAACAUAAUGAUAAGGUGUUGCUUACCUAGAUCCUCUGAAAAAUUCGUUACAGUACAAGAUUUUAGAAAAUAAAAACUAGAACAGCAAGAUGUAUAUGGAGCAGAAUAAUGAUUUCGUUUGUUGCACACCCAUAUAACGAUUAAGUGAAAAUAUUAUUUAUUUAUAACAGUAUAUUUAUCUAUUAGAAGCGGAUUGUUUUUUGAUCUAAAUGUCUUGUAAACGCUAAAGUACGCACAUUUGAAUUCUUAGAGUACUUUUCUAUAGUCAGAAAUUGUACGGACAGGCUUGAUUCUACUGAAGCUGUAGAUUACAUUUUAAUAAUUAUCACUUUUGUGACGGAAUGGUAAGAUUGCUUUUAUUCUUCUCAGUAAUGCCAUGAGAAACUUGUUGUGUUUUGACCAUUUUUGUAAUUAAACUAACAUAAUUGGAACAGAGUUAAAAAGGAUGGUAUUAUGGAGGUGUUACGGGUUUUUCCCUAACGGAAGUAACGUGGAAGUCAAAUGACCGUUACUUGUGCCCAAAUUUCUCGAUCAAAUCAAACGGCUGUUUGUGUUUGGUAUUGCGCACUUUCCAACAAUUACUUCACAGAUCCAUGGUGUCCAUGGCAACCUUGCAAAAAAGUACUUUCGGAUUUAUUUCGAUAUCUUAUAUUUCCUACAUCAAUCAGCCCUAUUCUGUAUUCCGACGGAUUUCCGGGCCCUAUUAUAGAAAUCGAGUCGAUGAGAAUUUUACUCGUUAACUCUAUUUUACUAUUAUAGAUAUCGAGCAAAUCGAUAUUCAUCAUCGACCGAGUGAUAGCAAUCGGUGCAACUGUCAGGAUUUUUCGAGUUGCUUGGUUUGCUUGUUGCAUAUCUUCAGAGAAUUAUUUUGCUUUGGUUUGCGUCCCUGAUAUUUUACUUUGGAAAACAUUUCUGAAACGCCUAAUUGCAACAUAUAAAAUUCGAUCUCGGUAAGAGAUUCUCGCGAUUUACAAAAUACGAAAUUUUGUUCGGUGUGAUAGUAAUAGUGAUUGCAUCGACUUCUCGAUUCGAUUUAUAUAAUAGGGCCCUCCAUUCCGUUCGAAACCAUUAUUUCGUUUGAGUUAUAAUUUCGCAUUCCCUAUUUCGAACGAACACUGGGAGCAUAGUGCCUUCGUUAAAAGCUUCCAUCUUGGGCGAUCCGUAGCUCUCGCCUUAACCCGUGUCCAGGUCAAACUUGGGUCCACUCCUCUCAUCUCGUUUGUUAGGCUCCGUCGCCAGGAACCUCUGGGUCUGCCUCUGCUGCGAUGCCGUUGCGGGUUCCAGUCUAGUGAUUAUCUUCAAAUUCCAGUGCCACUUUUCCAUAAUGUUUGGCCGACCUACCGCCAUUUACGCUCCUGGAUCUCUGUUGAAAUCGGCCAGUUGUCCAGUUGUCUGACCACCAGGCCCGGAUUAUAUAACUCAGACAUCGGUUCACGAAGACCUGAAGCUUUCGCGCGUUCUCUGCUAAAACGUCCCCAUUCUCACAUCCGUAAAGCAGUACAGAUUUUACCUUGAAAUUAAAAAUCCGGAUUUUGGUGUAGUGACUGAUCUGAUUCGACCUCCAUGUCUUCCUCAGACUCGCAAAGGCAAUCUUCUUGAUCCGUGCGCAUAUAUCGAUGUUGGUCCCGCCAUCCGACGCAAUCUGGCUACCGAAAUAUUGAAAACUCUCGACCCUCUGCUUGCCCAGCAACUGUGAAUCUGAAAGGCGUGACCGUGUUGAUAUCCAAAGCUUUCGUCUUACUGACGUUAAUUUUCAGGCCAGCCGCGGAAGAGUAUGCGGCCAGGUCGUCAAGUUUACUCUGCAUAUCAGAGCGCCGCGUCGAUGAUAGUGCAAUGUCAUCAGCAAAAGCAAAGUCGUUGAGGUGCUCCAUCCUAAUAGGCUUCCAAAGAAGCCCACGGUUCGGUUCACGAUCGAUAGUGCCUAUAGUAAUCUUGUUGAUGACGAUGAGGAAUAGUAGUGGUGAAAGUAAACUGCCUUGCCUAACACCAGCCGCGACCCGGAUUCGAUCAGACAAGACCCCGUUGUGCAAGACUCUGCUGCUCCCUUGCGUCUCAGGGCGCUCCAUAGGUUAUCGUAGUUGAGGCGAUUGAAAGCUUUUUCAUAGCCGAUGAACACCAGGUAAAGAGACUCCUGGAAUUCAUUGAUUUACUCCAGAAUGAUGCGCAGCGUUGCAAUGUGGUCGUCAAAGAGCCUACCAGCUCUGCUGCCGUUAGAGCGUCGGAUCUAUCUUCCCCUUGACCCGAUUGAGUAUUACCUUGCACAGGACUUUGAGAACUAGGCACAGCAGCAUGAUUUCGCCAGUUGUCGCAUCCAGUCAUAAAUGAAAGCGGCUCACACUGGGGGUGCUGGUGACUGGUUGCUCGCGGGCACUUGCAGCAGCUGCUCGAAGUGUUCGAAGCAAAAACGUUAGAAAAAAAUCAGCCUACGCUUGCUUGUCCCGUAGACAUGAGCACAUUACUUCCUCGUCGAAGGCACGAUACCAACGACGGGCUGUAUCUUUUCUCCUCCUGGUUCACUAUCGCGACUUUGGCGUCCUUUCUAUCCUCUAUCUUCUUCCAUGUGAUCCAUUGUUUCCUCUAGCUUCUUCCAUGAGAUCCAUUAUUUCCUCCGGGUGCGCAGUUCAUCCAGGUUAUUCUCGCUGGUUGCGAUGAAGACGUUUUUGACGGUGGUCCACUGGUCCUCGAAGCUGCCACCAACCGGAACAUCCCCGGCUCGGGUGCCAAAUUCAUCCUCAAUGGACCUUUUCACGUUAGGAUCUUCUAGUCGGCGUGUGUUAUUGUUAUUGUUAUCGUUAAAUCGACAACCGAGCUUUUUCUCCCUUCGUUGAAUUCGCGUUACGCGUAGACGGAUUUCUCCGAUAGCAGAUGGUGGUCGAAAGCGAUGUCGGCACUACCUUUAUUCCGCAAGUCAAGCAGGCUCCGUCUAAACAUUCGACUAAUGCAGACGUAGUCAAUUUGGUUCUCAGUAUAAGGAUCACUUCAGGCCCACGUAAUUUUGUUUGCUGGUCGAUGGGGAAAGGACGUGCCCCCAAUCACCAUGUCGUUGUUACCACAAAACUCUGAAAGCAGUUCGCCGUUUUCACUCAUCUCGCCUUGACCGUGGCGUCCCAUGACGCGCUCAUAGUCCAUGUUAUCGGAACCUUCUUCGCUUCGAAGUCGCCCAUCAGGGUCUUGAUGUCAUCUUUCGGAAUCUCGUCCACGAUGGCAUUUAACUGGCUGUAGUAGUUCUCCUUUUCCUGUGACUCGGCAGCGUUUCGCAUACGUGUUCUGAAUCUAGCUACGAUCACCCUGCUGCUUAUAGGCUCCCGCUUCGAGAGUGCCGCGUGGCCCCGCACGCUGAGCAGGAAGCCAACUCCAUGGUGGUGUGGAACAUUGUCACCGCGUAAGCCAGAGUACAGUAGUACCUGCUCCCAAAGUAGCCUAUGUUCUCCAAAGUUCGGCCAACGGACUUCACUCAGCCCCAGGAUGUCGAGCUUCAGGCGCCUCUCCUCACUUGCCGGUUGGGACAACAUACCCUGCUGCGCCAGGGUCAAAACAUUCCAUGUUCCAAAUCGUGUCCGUUAAAUCAGUCCGUAUUCUUCUAACUUGGGUUUCCGUAAUAGAUUGUUGAUUUUGGAUGCAGUGGGUUAUUAGCCCCAGUGCACCCAUGGCCGAGCGGUUAGCGUCUCACAUUGUCAUGCCGGGUGUUCGGGUUCGAUUCUCGUUCUGGCCGGGGGAUUUUUCGUCAGAAAAAUUUCUUUCGACUUGCACUGUGGUCACGCGUAUUCUAGAGCUUGCCCCUCGGAAUACAUUCAAGGCGUGUUAUUUGGCUUAAGAAAUCUCAACUAAGUAUUAAUAAAUGAUGCUGGUUAAUGCAUACGUUGAGACGGUAAAAGUUCCACAGGGUACGUUAACGCCAUUCAAGAAGAAGAAGGGUUAUUAGCCCAAGGACCCUAUCCUCCGCGACGGGUUUACCAUCUUAGUUUUAGCUUCGGGGAGAAGCAUUUCAUACUCAGCCGCCGGAUGCCAGACAGACGCUGCUUGAGUCGCACCUCCAUGGUGAACAGAAGCUCGGAGUUUUGUUGUAGUUCAUUUAGCGCCACCCAGCUUUUACCGCGAGGACCCUGUAAUACAACGAAAACACAACAAUCAACGUGAUCCAAAAUAUGUUUAGUUCUCUGGUAGGCUUUAAGUUUCGCAUACAAUAGAUAGUUUAGGUUAGGUUUCAAUUAGAAUACUAGGUUAUUAGCACUAGAAUGCGCAAGUCAGUCAAAUAAUAUACAAAAACGCUGCAUAUCGAUUCAAUACAUUGUUUCACUACAGGUUAAAGACUAUAUCGAUAAGUCUUUCCACCUCGAAAUAUAAUCCAGCUGAAUUAUGCGGAAAUGCGUUAUAGAAUUGGUUCUAGUUAUAAAUAUCUUCUAUUUCUAUCGAGCAUGUUUCCACAACGGUUGCGGUCAACAAUUCGAUUAUUCGGUAUCUUGUCCUAAAUGCCUUCCCAAGUUUUUCAUAAAAGUCAGAUGAAUACUGCCCCCUUUGUAAGUCUUCUUAAGUUGUUUUCCCGCUCACUGCGUAUAUAUACUUAGAUUAAUUUUAUACUUCCGUAAAUUUUGUAUAAUUUUAUUUUUCUGUUUACCCCUGAAUCAUUGCAGGGAACCUGUUCAAUUCUGCCUUUUUCGAUACAUAUACGAUGCCUGAUAAUAAAAGAAUGAGAAUAUUACUCCCUCGUCUUCUGACAACUGAUGCGCUUACUAUGCUGUUUUUGCAAGAACUAAUGCGCUACAAGGCAAUCAUAGAUUGCUUGAAUAUGCUCCUCUGGUAACUUAACCCAUUCCCGAUGAAUCACUUAAUUCGAAACGUUGACAUUAUUGUACAUUGUGGUACUGAACUCGGCCUUAGAAAACCCCUAAAUGGAAAUCCGGUUUGGAUUAAGUUCUGGAGAUUGGGCGAGGACAUUCCUAUCAGAUGCGGUGAUAUCACUCCCUUCUAUCGCGUUCAAAGUAUAUUUUUCGCGUGAAAAAGAGUCAAAUUAAUUUCACCUACGCUCCCGCAUGCUUGACAUCAGUGUUCAAAAAACAUAAGCUGCGAUGCACUCGAGUUUAAUUUUUGUCAACCCGCGAUCAUAACGAACACGUUUUCUUUCUUGCAACGAACCAUACCAAACUCAUUGAGCACGAGAGCGGUCUUUGAACACGGCGCAGAACUGAAACACACACAAAUAAAAUUCUAGCGCCCGUUUUGUCCUCGGUCGUUCUAAGCAAAGCAUUAAAACACGGUGUAUGACAGCAAAACAUUUUACCUAUGUUUCGGUGCGUGUUGAUUCGCCAGAACGCAUGUGUAUACAUGGAGUGAAAGUUCAAUUGAGUGACUUGUUGCGCAUCAGCACCGCGUUCUGAAGACUGCUUGUCAUCAAUCCCUUGAAUGUUUACUGCGAUAAACUCGUUGGCGCUAUCAGCAAUACAGGCGAAAUGGAGCCGACACAACAUUGGUAUCACCUCAAUUCAGUCACUUUAUAACCCAAAACAGACUGCAGAAACUGUGUGAAAUGAUUUUAAAUCUUGAUAGCCCCAUUAUAUCAAUGAAAGUAUUGGUACUCCCCCUCCACUUUUUUUAUCGUUCUAUUUUUUCAUUAUCAGUUAGUUUGUAAUAUGUUACCAAAGGACAUUGAUUAGCAUAUUCAAAAAUCCACGAGUACCGAAAUCCCCCGGCCUGAACAAAAAUUGGAUCCAAUGCCACACUGUGUGCUAUCACUAUACCUAUCAAUACAGUCUUUGCCACGGUCCGUAUCGUUAAUUUGAGUAUAUAUUUUCUUUUAUCAUGACAUUUGCGGUGAAUCCCCUCUGAAAAGUCGUAUAAAUCAGACUAUGAAAGAUUAAAAAUUAAUAGCUUUGCUGAAAUUGUAUGGAUAAAAUGAAUAUAAAGUUAUCAAAAAUCCACUGCGUAAAAUUAAGAAUAAGAAAACGCGAUAAUUUUAAAGAAUAAGUAUUUGAAUCACACAAUCAGCAUUGCGGCGCAAAGUAAAUACCUAGUUUUAUUGCGAAAUAGCAGUUAUGAGACAUUAUUAAAAGUGACGACAAAAAAAACUACUAUUACUGUAUGCCACUUGGAGAGAACAAAAGUGCAAAUACUGAAAUUAUGGUAUUGUGCAUAUUCAGAGAAAAUGAUUACAUCAUCUAAGAAAAACGGAGACGACUUGUAAGUGCAACGCUAACGCUGAAAGAUAAUUAAGAGCCACUAACUUUUUAUUGCAUAACAAAUGCAUAGAUGCAAAUACACAUCAUUGAACAGAUUCUCAGAAUUGUAUAUUUUCAAAAUAUGUAUUGCCUUGUCAUUGCUAAUAAUUUAAGGAUUAUCAAAAGAAAAGGUAUAGACGAAAUGAUAAAAUAUAUUAUGAUUAUUUAAUAAAAUAUGAAAGCUUUAAGGUAUUGUUGUUUCAUUCUUUUGGAGUUGAUUGGUAUUGAUGGCUAGUUGCUGUUGUUUUUCAUAUUCUCACGAUUAUUAGAAAUUCGAACAUAACACGAUAUUGUAGUAUUAUUCUUACAUACUUACCUUGAGGAUUUAGACUAACUGCAG